AGAUUUUUGGAUGAAGAAGAUUUAAGAACAAGAACUUAGCAAAAGACUUUGAUGAAAAAACACAGGUCUGGAUUUUCGUUUUUCCAGCCUUUCUCACAUUCAUUUCAUCUUCUUCUACACCUAAUAUUUCAUACAAGUGUAGCUUAAAUAAAAGGAGGGAAUACAUUGAUUACAUGUUUGCUGCAGAGUAGACAAAUCUGCAUCAUAUUCUUUUAGUUGGAUUUUGUAGUCUACGUAUGACAUCUCAACCUCCCAACUAACUAUUAAACACACCAACUACAUUAAUUGAGGAGAGGUAUCAGGUCGCCUCUGUCAUGAGUUAUCCUCAUCAACCUCACCAGGAGCAUGCUUGUUACCUGCCAUGGACACGCCCCAAAUACAGCCGAAGGCUCCUUCAGGACUGGAAACCGAUCAAAGUUCAUUCAAGUGUGCUUUCUCUCAAGUCUGUUGGGGGGGAGAAAUCUAGAUUUGUUGUGACUGAUGGACUGGUUCCUUUAAUUUGGGUUGAUAGGGUGCACAUUGUUUACAUGGGUGACUGUCCAAAGGGUGAAUUCUCUGCUGCAACCCUUCACAGUAGUAUUCUGCAAGAAAUUGGUGGCAGUGCUCUAUCAGACUGUUUGCUAUACAGCUACCAGAGGAGCUUCAAUGGUUUUAUCGUCAACUUAACGGAGGAUGAAGCAGACAUACUGCCUGGCCGCAUUGCUGUGUACAAGAUAUGUUGGUCCGAUGGCUGCAAUGAUGCUGACAUACUUGUGGCUUUUGAUGAUGCAAUCGUAGAUGGGGUUAAUAUAAUAUCUCUCUCAGUAGGGGGUUUCUUUCCUCAGGAUUAUGUCUGGGACACCAUUGCAAUUGGAUUAUUUCAUUCCAUGAAGAAUGGUAUGCUAAAAUCAAAUUUGGCCGGUGACAGUGAUUUGUGGGGGAAUAUAAACACCUUUGACCUCAAGAAAGAUAUGUACCCUUUCAUCUAUGCUGGAGAUGCUCUGAAUCAUGGUGUUAAUGGUCUGAAUCCAGCUACUGGCUGUGAUAAGAUAAUACGAAUAAAUUACUCUCUAUCUGAGUGUUGUUUGAUGCAAUUAAGUUCAUUUUUGAAUGCAGGGCUAGCAUCUGCAGGAGCUGCUGGUGCAAUAAUGCAAAACUUUGGAUAUACGGAUGUUGCCUUCAACUUCAUCUUACCAGCUGCAAAUCCAACAGCAAAAAUAUUCAAGAGUAAUCUGGAAAAGGAUGAACUUGCUCCCUAUGUAUCUUCGUUUUCGUCCAGGAGACCAAAUGCUAUAACACCGAACCCUCAUUUAUCAGCACCUGGAGUUGACAUAUUAGCAGCAUGGUCGGAAGCUACCACUGUGACAGGAAUUGGAGGGGAUCCAAGGGUGGUGCCAUACAACAUAAUCUCUGGUACAUCCAUGUCCUGUCCACAUGCAUCCGGAGCAACAGCUUACAUCAAGUCAUUUCAUCCGACAUGGUCUCCUUCUGCCAUUAAGUCUGCUCUAAUGACAACAGGGGAAGGUCACAUAAAUCCUGCCAAGGCCAUUAAUCCUGGUUUACUCUAUGAUGCUGGGGAGAUUGAUUACAUUAAAUUUCUGUGCGGAAUAGUAUACAGUGGUGAUAAACUGAAACUUAAGGACUGUAUAUGUUGGAGUUGUGGUGUUCAAGCUGCCAAAGUAGCAGCAGCAAAUGAAAAUGAAAGCUGCACAAAAUGGCACCAAAAUGAAGAAGGGAGAGCUGCACCAACAGCACGGUAGCAGCAAAGUGCAGCAAGCUAAGCUGCAAAUGUUGAGGAAAUGAGGCCGAAAUAAAAUGUAAAUGAAAUGCAAAUGCAAAUGAAAUGAAAGGCUGCAA